AGCUUUCUCAAAGUUCCACAGAGAGAUAGAGAGGAGAGAGAAAGAGAGGAGAGAGAGAGGGUUUGUGUUUUGAGCUAACAAAGUUGACAAGUCCAACGUAUUUAUUUUAUCAUAUUAUCUGUUGCCAUUGCUUGUCAAAUUUCAGAUAGUGUUAUAUAUAUUAUAUACAUUUGUGUAUUUAUAUAUUCGUUUGUUUAUAAUUUAUACUACUAUUAUUGUUUUGGCUUCCGGAAUCUCCCCUACAAAACCAAACACAACCCACUUUUAUCUCUGUCUAAAAUUCGAAUCCUUUUCCUGUUCUUAGUCCUCCCCAUCGUUAUUGACUUCACCAAACACACCCAAAUCGAUCUUGCUGAAUUGGGUUCGCUUAAAGUUUCAUACUUUUUAUGCUUUCUGGAUUUCGGAUUGGACUGGAUUGGAUUGAAUUGGACUGGAUUGGAUUGGAUUGUGAGCUUUUGUGCUGUGUUAUCUUUGCGGACUGGAUUGAAGAAAUAUGAGAGUGGUGGAAGGGAUUAGUAAUUAUGAGAACACUUUGUGAUUCCUGUGAAAGCGCAGCCGCAAUCGUGUUUUGCGCUGCCGACGAGGCUGCUCUUUGCCGCGCCUGCGACGAGAAGGUUCAUAUGUGCAAUAAGCUUGCUAGCCGGCAUGUUCGCGUUGGUCUUGCAACUCCAAGUGAGGUUCCCCGCUGUGACAUUUGUGAAAACGCACCUGCUUUCUUUUAUUGCGAGAUAGAUGGAAGUUCCCUCUGUUUGCAAUGUGAUAUGAUUGUUCAUGUUGGAGGCAAAAGAAUGCAUGGAAGAUAUCUUGUACUGAGACAAAGAGUUGAGUUUCCAGGAGAUAAACCUGGUAAUAGUGAUGACCCAGCUUCCCAACCCAUUGAUCCAGCUGAGAUCAGAAGAGUACAACAACACCAUCCACCUAGAAUGACAAUAGGAGAGAACCCGCAAAAUCACCGGGUGUCCCCUAUUCGUGCUUCAGAUGCCAAUGCUGAUGGGCAUGUAAAGAUGGAUAAUAAGUUGAUUGAUUUGAACAUGAAGCCUCAUCGGAUGCAUGGACAAGCUUCAAACAAAGAGGACUAGCAUCGGCAUAUCUGGAAUCAUCGGCUCUAGCAGAUUACGUCGCUAGCGAGUCGCAAGAAGGGUGCUUCCAGUGUACCUUUGUUGUACUGCUGCUUCGUGUAAAACUGUAAAAUGGGCAUUUGAUCUUUAUGUAGUUCAGUUGUGCAGAGGAAAUAAUCGUAAAAAGGUAUCCAUAACUUUGCUUCAAAAGAAAAACAUAUUUUUGCAAGUGCUUGUAUAUGCAAAAACUGAGGACCUUCUUGUUUUUGUAGUUGCACUGAAAUUUGAGAAUUUUAAAAGUACUUGUUCAAUUCUGAGAAAA